CAAAACGAUAAAAUUUAACAAAUCAGCAGAUGAAAUUCUAUGAGUUCUAUAAACUUUUCGAUGUUUAUCUUAGAAAAUAAGUCUUAUCUUACAAGAUAAGUCCUCAAUAAGAAGUUCAUUCACAUUAUUUUACUUAAAAGAAAAUUUUCCAACCAUACCGAAGUGAGAAUCCCAAGACAAAAAAAAUUAUGUCCGUGUAAAACCGUGUAAAUAGCUACUUAUUUUACAAUUUUUUUCCGUAGUACUUGAGAUUUAGACGAAAUCUGUGUUUUCCCCCCAAAAAACACAAUCGAAUCGAUUACGAUACUUUUCCCACACACACGCUGAAGUCGCCUGUAGUGGGAUACCGAGUUUCAUUCAUAGCGUUAGCGCCAAUCUUUUCACGCGCAGCAUCUUCUCUCGUGACACUUUUCUUCGUCCACUAUCAACCACGGCACAUCGGCACAUUGCCCAUCCAGCAGACGCAGAACCGUGCUAUCCACGCUGGUGACAGAGACAGCCAUGAAUGGGAGAGCAACCGAUGUCCGAUAAUGCCGAACGAUGGAGCAGGCACCGGCACACACUACGGACGUAGGACAGACAGAGCACACAGCAUCGCACCCAUGUGGACCCCCGUGUGUGGCUGUGCGUUUGUCGUGGAGAUGCAAAGAAAAACCCACCGCAGCCUAACAGAUGAUUCGGAUGGGCUUAAUCAAACAGUUUAUCUAGGUAAACUGACGUUAAUGGUUGGACACGCGCGUAUCGCUCCGUGCUCCGUGUCCACGUUUGGUUCGCUACCGGGAUUGCGCCAAACCUUAAGUCACCCGUGUGUGUGUGUGAUCGUUCUGCUUUCCGAUAAAGUUCAAAAAGGAAGUUCAAUAACGCAAACGGUUUAGUAACAGACUUCCGAAAUCGGGUUCGUCGCUUUAUGCCUUUGCGUAUGAGUCUUUUGUUUUACGACGCGUUUCGUCUAUGAAUCAUAUUUCUCGUGUGUUUGUGUGUGUUCGUAUACGAGCUGAUAAAUGAUAGCAAAUCAAAUUCGAUUGUUUAAAAAAACAUAGCGUGCGUGUGUGUGUGUUAGUUUUUUUUCGUGCCUUACAUCCCUCCCAGUAUGGGAUUUAGUGACAAUUGUAGCAAAAUGAGUGAUCUGAACCUAUUGCCCAAAAAGCACACCAAUUUCAGCAUCGAGCGUAUCCUGCUCAAACAAAGUGCCACCUCCCCGCCCGACGGUGGUCGUUCGUCCACGGCCAUGUCACACUCACCUCAGCCCCAUCUCGAUCUGAUCGAGCAGAAGGUGGAUCUGACGGUUAAGACAUGCCUGAAAAUAGUUCAAUCGGCCACCGACCGAACGGCCGCCGGAGCUACUUCCGCCUGUACAGUGACCUCGAAGAAUGUCCUCCCUGUUGUGAGCACUUCGGGCGGCGGAACUUCUCUGGUGACCUCCGCUACCCAAGCACUUCUGCUUGCUGGCCCUCAUCGACCACUGAACCGCGUUCUGGACAACCCUUGGUGCUCCCGUGGACCGCUCAUGUUCGAUCCCAAGCUCAUCACUACCGGCCCCGCAGCAAACUUCGGCGCAGGCAGUAUCAAACCGGCAUCAUCCCGAGGUGCCGUCGGCGAUCCCGGUAGUCCCGGACUGCUGCCCACCGCAUCGGCACCCUCCCCUUCAGCGUCCUCACCGUCGUCACUCAUCAAAGCGGAAGUUGAGAGAAAAGUGGUGCUAAGCGCGUAUGCUAAUAAUAGUGUAAUUGAACGAAACAGAUUAUCUAUCAAUUAUCCUUAUCCGGUUGGACUGUUCAAUGCAUACGCGUCGGCAGCGGCUGUCGCAGCAGCGGCCGCUACCGUAUCAUCGGUUCACCACUACCAGCAUCAUAAUCAACAGCGAGUGACCCCGUCAGCGACGAUCACCCCGUCCGAUGCUCUGCUUACCGCAAGUGCCGCAUCGGCAUCGAUCAUGUCGAUGCAUCAGCAGCAGCAGCAACAGCAUAAUCAGCAUCAUCCCCGUUCUGCAGGUUUGUCCGCUGCCGCCUUAUUGGCCGGAUCAGGUACAACUCCACUCGCAGCAAGUGCCGCACUGUUUAGCAGCUUCUAUCAGCUACAGAAAAGCGAUGAAAACCAGAACAGCAUCUUCGAUCAGGUUAGUGCCGAGGACGAAGGUGCAUCGGACGGUGGUACAACGGUUACCUCCGGGGACGGUGGUAAGGAUUCGAAAACGGAUCUGCUACAUGCGCACCAUCUCCAUCAUCAUCAUCACCAUCUUCAUCAUCAUCAUGAGCCGGGAAGCACGGGCAUGACUGACGGUGGUACACUCUGCACGCUCAUGUUUCCCGAGUGUUCGUAUCAGUGUGCGAUUUGUGACAAAAUUUUUGGCAACCAGGACACGCUAAUGACACAUGAAAAGAGUCACAAAACACCGCGCUUCGAGUGUGAAGAGUGUGGCAAAGGAUUUUCCCAGCUGCGUAACUACAAAUAUCACGUGUCGGUGCACCGUGGGACUAAGGAAUUUGCCGCCAAAUGCCCGGAGUGUGGGAAAAUGUUCAACGAUAAAGGCUACCUGAGCAGCCAUCUGAAGAUACAUCGGAACAAAAAGGAAUACUCAUGUCCACACUGUCCAAAAUCGUUCAACCAACGGGUGGCAUUUAAUAUGCAUGUCCGCAUACACACAGGUGUUAAACCACACAAAUGCAAUGAAUGUGGAAAACGCUUUUCUCGAAAAAUGCUACUCAAACAGCAUCUGCGCACCCAUUCAGGAGAAAAGCCUUACCAGUGUUCCGUUUGUGGGAAAAGCUUUGCUGAUCGGAGCAACAUGACGCUGCAUCAUCGAUUGCAUUCCGGCAUCAAACCAUUCGCGUGUCCUAUCUGCCCAAAAGCGUUCACCAAAAAACAUCAUCUCAAGACCCAUCUCAACUAUCACACCGGCUACAAACCGUACAAGUGUCCGCACCCGAACUGUGGACAAAGCUUCACCCAAUCGAGCAACAUGCGGACACAUGCCAAGAAGUGUCAAUUUAAACCACCGGAUUCUGAAUUCGUUUGAUUGAAUGAAUGAAGAGAGAGGGAGAGAGAGAGAGAGGGGGAGAGAGAUAAACGUCCUUGCUGGUGGGUGGCAAAUCAGAGGUGAUAUUCUAUUUUAGCGCGACUGCCUUAGUUGUGAAGAUGUAGCAAAUGAUUCAUAAUUUAUUUACCCGAAAUAAAUAUUAU